CGAUCCAACUGCGAAUUCCCCCCCCCAGGUUAACGUUAUGCGUACUAUGCGGGAGCCUUUUGCCAAUUUUUCAGAUGGGACGCCGGUGCCCUUCGACGGGAAGUUCCACGUCGAUCCAUUAGAUCCAACAACAUCGGUCAGAUGCCUUGAGCCGUGGAUCCCUCCUGGCGUGUUGAGAGUUCUCUCAGGUGGCAAUACAGCCUGCUUGGGCUUGCUCCCAGAUAAUUCGGUGCUCAAAUUCCCUUCGGACAGACACGACCGCUACGCAAAGAAAACUCUCGACAUCGAGCAUUGCAUUCUCUUAGCCCUGGGAGACCAUGAAAGACUUGUCAAGUACUUGGGGAGGGAAAAGCACGGCCUCCGCUUUCAAUUUGCAGUAAAUGGCGAUGUCCGGCGCUACGUGUCUGCCACCGAGCCUGCUAGUAUCCCGCUUCAGCUUCGAUUCAAAUGGUCAAUACAAGCAACGGAAGCUCUGGUUACAGUUCACUCUCGAGGCGUUGUGCACUGCGAUAUUCAUCCAAAUAACUUCCUGCUCGAUGAUCAGCUUGAUCUUCGGCUUUGCGAUUUUUCCGGCUCUCUAUUCGGCGACUUGGACGGAGCCGCUAUGGAAAGCACCCGAUUCUUUCUUCCACGAGAUCCCCUCGCUACUCCGAAUGUGAAGUCGGAUCUUUUUGCACUGGGUUCAGCCAUAUAUUACAUCAUGUCAGGCCGCGAGCCGUACGAUGCCUUAUCAGAGAAUGAGGUAUCAGCAUGUUAUGCAAGAGGGGACUUUCCUAGGGUAGAAUCAGUUGCAUGUGGUCGGAUCAUCAUGGGCUGUUGGAACGAAUAUUUCGACAGUGCAGAAGAGGUGAUUCAAGCUCUUUCAGAAGAGAGCAAGUCUGUAUUUUCCUGA